UUAUCGCUUCCUUUCAGUGGCACACUCGCUGAAGCCGUGAACACACUGGAGUUGGUGAAUCUGUUGCAUUAGUAUUCUCAUCCUAUGAGAGUGCAGUGUGUUCAACCGCGUCAUGCCUCAAGCAACUGCACCUAUCAAGGUUAGAAAAGCGCUCUUAGAUCACCUUCUGCUACCUACUCUCAAUAAACGCCAUAUAGAGUUUAUCGUUUCAACUCGCGGCGCAUAUUAGUCUAUUUCGAGUUGCGGUUACUGUCGCAGUACUGUUUCGUUUAAAAGCGGCUGUUAUUUUCUUCGUUGAAGGACUAUACGGGGCAUCAAGACAUGUUUGCAUCUGGUUCUUUGUUGUCGCAUUUCUCUCUGCUGAAGAAGACGAAGCCCUGCAAGGACACUUCAGCUCUCUGCUGGAGUGAAUGAAGGUGACUCGGCUUCUGCUAUCUGCAUCGUGGCAAUGCGGAGAGAAUCCAGGAGCAAGACACGGGCAGAUCGAUCAAUUGAGUAAGAAAUUUACCAAACGAGUGGCACCAUAUUGAUCAAUCGGUAUUUUAUAUCAGGGCAGUUUCUUCACUUGAUGUGUAUGCAUGAGUUCUGCACCGAAUGGGCGCAAAAACCGCCCCAGAACUGCCGGGACCAUUUUCCAGAUCGGCAGUAAGCCCCCGUCCAGAGAGCCGGAGCGCCGGGAGAGCAGCGAGGCUCUGCGUGCUGUAGCGGACUGCAGAAUGGUUGUCCAGGAGUUCAAUACACUUGUGGCCCUCUAUCGGGAAUUGGUUAUCUCUAUUGGAGAGAUUUCCGCUGAUUGUCCCUCUCUUCGUGCGGAAAUACACAAGACACGCACAAAAGGCUGUGAGAUGGCACAGACUGCACAUCAAAACCUUUCUGCAAUAUCAGGCCCUGAAGAUGGUGAAAUACAUCCGGAGAUCUGCCGCCUCUUCAUCCAGCUGCAGUGCUGUCUGGAAAUGUACCUGACGGAGAUGCUGAAGUCUGUGUGUCUGCUGGGAUCCCUGCAGCUCCACAGGAAAGGAAAACAUUUUUCAGGAGCUACAAAGGUAGAAAGUAAGAAAGAGGACAGCUCUGACAUCCCAAUCCUGGAAGACACGUCAUCCACUCUGCCGGACUGUCCGCAGACAUACUUCCUGGUGGCCACAGACAUUGAGAACAUCGAGAGGGACAUGACAGAAAUGAAAAAUCUGCUAAGCAAACUCAGGGAGACCAUGCCUUUACCACUGAAGAACCAAGAUGACAGCAGUUUGUUGAAUCUGACGCCAUACCCGUUGGUCCGGCAGAGAAAACGGCGUUUCUUUGGCCUCUGUUGUCUGGUGUCCAGCUAAGAGCUCUCUCUCCCAGAAUCCAGUCACAAAUUACUGCGUUUCCUCACAAUGUGUGACACUCACCAAUCAACAGUACUACUGCCAUUUCCCAAACCAGUGCUUUCUUUUGGUGAGUUCUGUCCAAUUUCCUACUGCUAUGAGAAUAAAUAGUAAUAUCUGUGUAACAUCAGUAGUCAUACAAACACAAUAUAAUAUUUGAUCAGUUUGACAGAUUUUCAUUUUUAACUGAAUGUUCGUCUACAUUAUGCUUAGUAAAGAAAAUGGUUUGUAGUAUGAAUACUGCUAUGUUUGUCCACACGAUUCAUAUGCUGUGCUUUUUGUCAAGACAGGUGUUUUAAUGAGGCGUUCAAGAGUGCUAAUUAGAGCGGAGGUUAUGCUGAACAUUUAAAACAUAUAUAUAUAUACUGCAACAUGAGUGAAUGUCCUAUCGGUUGGUUCUUUUGAUCUGAUUUUUUGCUGUUACCAUGUUUUUACAACAGUAUUAUUUAGUCUUCCAUAAACCGAAAUCCUGUAACAUUUUUCGUUUUGUUUCAGCCUUUAGGAGUAUAUAAUACCUGAAGAAGCCUUUGUAAAUAAAGAAUAUAUCUAUAAAUGGAAAUUUUAGAGAUGUACAUAUAAAAUGUAAACCUAGCGCUCUGAAUUAUUUUUCAAAACUGUGAUUCUUUUAAAGAGAUUGUCAGUAAAGGGUGGCAUGUCUAUCCAUCUGGUGUGAUAUAAGUCCAGAUUGGAGGGGCUCAGCAUGGGUCUUGCUUAUUAAUAACAGUUCUAAAUGUGUCAGGCAUGGUGAAGAUACUGUAGUGUUUAUGAAAA